CUCCCAAAGUGCUGGGAUUACAAGCAUGAGCCACUGCACCCAGCCCUUUCUUUGAUUUUUUAAGACUGAUUUGUAUUCCAUCAUUAGAAUGUUCCAUAAUUGGUGUAAGAAUUCCCUUAUUGUAAAGUGUUUAGGCUGCCUCCAAAUUGAGGCUUUUUCCCAUGGCCAAUUAUAAUACUAAUAAUUUUCAUAAUGAAGAACACCCUAAAUCACCCACAUCAUUAGGAGCUGAAGCAAAUUAGGUUUUUGAACUUCAGCUAAGUGAUGGCUGAGCUGAGGCUGCUGCAGAGCCUGCUGCACCGGCAUGCCACUGUGUUGUGCGUAAUUGCUGGGUUCAAGGGGAACGCAGUGGGUGUUUCUGGGCAGUGACUCAAAGGCGCCUGUAGCCCCAGAGCAGAAGGCUCACCUCUCCUUUAGUGUUUCUGAGCCUCUGGGAUAUUGGGCACCUGAAGAGCUGCAGCCCCAGCUCUGCCCUCAGGGAGUUUCUGUUUUGCUGGGGAGAAGGCCACUGAAACCAGGGAGUGCAGCUGUGCUUGCGUAAGUGGCCUGUGCGGAGAGGGUGCACACAAGGACGGGUGGAGCCAGCCCACUCUGGCGAGGGUGUGGGUCAGAGGGCCCAGGAGAGGGGACACUGUGCUGGGUCUGGAAGGAUGGGUGUGUUUGCUUGGGGGCUGGUAUAGAGGGAGGAUCAAAUUGCUAGGAGGUGGUAAGUCUCUUGGAAUGUUCUGGAACUUUCUAGAAUUAGAUGUGACUGGAUAUAAAGUAUCAAAGGUGGAGGGCUUGCUGUGAGUAGGAACAGUGGCUGGUCAUGGAGGGGCUUGUGUGCCUGGUCUUCCUCCUCUGGAGUCUCCAGUACCCUUCUAGGGCCUGGGCUGUGGCACCCCCUCCAUUGGGGAGGCUGCAUGCCUUCAUGGAAGGUUUUAGCUGAAGUUCUCACCUGUAUUUCCCAGGCUGUUCUGCAGAGUUGGGAGAGUUGGUUCAUCCUGGUGGUGAGGACAUGUUGGGACAUACCCCGUGUGCUGAUGAUGGAGGCAGCCCUGGGUGCUGGAGAGAUGAUUGACACCCGGGAGUAAUUGGCUUGGAAGAACCGCCGGAGGCGCCGGGCAAUGACCCCGGGACUCCAGGCCAGAGGGGUCUGAAGCCGUUUGGGAAAGCAGCGGGACUCCUUGGGAAGAUGGCCAUGGCCCCAAGCCCUUCCCUGGUGCAGGUAUACACCGGCCCCGUGGCUGUGGCCGUGUGGGAAUGGCAGGACGGGCUGGGCACCUGGCACCCCUACAGCGCCGCCGUCUGCAGCUUCAUCGAGCAGCAGUUUGUCCAGCAGAAGGGACAGCGCUUCGGGCUUGGGAGCCUGGCCCACAGCAUCCCCUUGGGCCAGGCAGACCCCUCGCUGGCUCCUUACAUCAUCGACCUACCCAGCUGGACCCAGUUCCGCCAGGAUACUGGCACCAUGCGGGCGGUGCGGAGACACCUCUUCCCCCAGCACUCAGCCCCUGGCCGAGGUGUCGUCUGGGAGUGGCUGAGUGAUGAUGGCUCCUGGACUGCCUACGAAGCCAGCGUCUGUGACUAUCUGGAGCAGCAGGUGGCCAGGGGCAACCAGCUUGUGGACUUGGCCCCCCUGGGCUACAACUACACCAUCAACUACACCACCCACACGCAGACCAACAAGACUUCCAGCUUCUGCCGCAGCGUGCGGCGCCAAGCAGGGCCCCCUUACCCGGUGACCACCAUCAUCGCUCCGCCGGGCCACACGGGCGUUGCCUGCUCUUGCCACCAGUGCCUCAGCGGCAGCGGAACUGGCCCCGUGUCAGGCCGCUACCGCCACUCCAUGACCAACCUCCCUGCAUACCCCGUCCCCCAGCACCCCCCGCACCGGACCACUUUUGUGUUUGGGACGCACCAGGCCUUUGCGCCGUACAACAAACCCUCACUCUCCGGGGCCCGGUCUGCGCCCAGGCUGAACACCACCAACCCCUGGAGCGCAGCCCCUCCCUCCCUGGGGAGCCAGCCCCUCUACCGCUCCAGCCUCUCCCACCUGGGACCACAGCUCCUGCCCCCGGGAUCGUCCACCUCCAGUGCAGUCAGUGCCUCCUUCCCCAGCGGUUCCUCGAGCAGCCCGGGGAGUGUCCCUGCCACCGUGCCCGUGCAGAUGCCAAAGCCCAGCAGAGUCCAGCAGGCGCUCGCAGGCAUGACGAGUGUUCUGAUGUCAGCCAUUGGACUCCCUGUGUGUCUUAGCCGCGCACCCCAGCCCGCCAGCCCUCGCGCCUCCCGUCUGGCCUCUAAAAGUCACAGCUCAGUUAAGAGAUUGAGGAAAAUGUCCGUGAAAGGAGGCACCCCGAAGCCAGAGCCAGAGCAGGUCCUAAAAAACUACACGGAAGAGCUGAAAGUGCCCCCUGAUGAGGACUGCAUCAUCUGCAUGGAGAAGCUGUCCACAGCAUCUGGGUACAGCGACAUGACUGACAGCAAGGCCAUCGGGCCCGUGGCUGUGGGCCGCCUCACCAAGUGCAGCCAUGCCUUCCACCUGCUAUGCCUGCUGGCCAUGUACUGCAAUGGCAACAAGGAUGGAAGUCUGCAGUGUCCCUCCUGCAAAACCAUCUACGGAGAGAAAACGGGGACCCAGCCCCAGGGAAAGAUGGAGGUAUUACGGUUCCAGAUGUCGCUCCCUGGCCACGAGGACUGCGGGACCAUCCUCAUCGUUUACAACAUUCCGCACGGCAUCCAGGGCCCCGAGCACCCCAAUCCCGGAAAGCCGUUCACUGCCAGAGGGUUUCCCCGCCAGUGCUACCUUCCAGACAACGCCCAGGGCCGCAAGGUCCUGGAGCUCUUGAAGGUGGCCUGGAAGAGGCGGCUCAUCUUCACAGUGGGCACAUCCAGCACCACGGGCGAGACGGACACGGUGGUGUGGAACGAGAUCCACCACAAGACAGAGAUGGACCGGAACGUGACGGGCCACGGCUACCCCGACCCCAACUACCUGCAAAACGUGCUGGCCGAGCUGGCCGCCCAGGGGGUGACUGAGGACUGCCUGGAGCAGCAGUGACCUCUGACCCCAGCACGCCCGCCUUGGGUGCCCACCCUGCUGCCCCAUGGCUGGCUGGGUGGGCAGGCGGAAGUGCCUGGCCCAAGAGGCUGGGAGGUUUGUUGGAGGUGUGGGGUGCGCCCCACCUGAAGCCGGGGCUCCACCCUGCCUGCCUCUUCCUCCUCCUCCCCUCCGGGAAUUGGGCAGCCCUGGGCAGUUGUACUCGUGGGGGCUUAAGAUGCAGCUACCUCAGUGCACAGGGCCCAUCUGUCCUCCGGGGGCUGCUUUGGGCCCGCGGUGCUCAGGGCCUGGCAUGGGGCAAGUAGAUACUUCCCCAGCCUGGGUGGGCGUGGGUUCUGAGUCAGCUUCUUUUACCUCAGUCUUGUUUGCAAUAAAUGCUUUAUAGCCAAAGC